AUGUUCGUUCAAAUUAUAUAUUGUUUUUCAAUUGCUGUUUUAAACAUCGCAAUAUGUGAAGUUGACACCAAUAAAAUUAUCAGAGAUUUAGAAAAUGAUUAUACAAUGGAAAAUUAUACGACAAUAAUGGAAAGGAUUGGUUCAUUCAAUGAAACAAUGAAAAUCAAAGUUCAUACUAACGAAGAGAUUUUUAAUGAAUUAACUAGUUUACAUCAGAAAUAUCCACAGAUAACGUAUUUAUAUGAAAUAGGCAAAUCAGUGCAAGGCAGGCCACUGACUGUAUUAGCUAUUGGAAAAUUCCCGAUGAAGCAUAUCCCAGGAAUACCGGAAUUUAAAUAUGUUGCUAAUAUUCAUGGUAAUGAGAUAUCAGGUCGAGAAUUAUUGCUUUGCUUGGCAAAUGUUCUACUCGUAAAUUACGGGAAAAAUGAAGUACUAACAAGGCUUGUGAAUAAGACACGAAUUCAUCUCUUACCAACAAUGAAUCCAGAUGGAUUUACGGAAGCUAUUCCGGAAAGCCAUGGUUGGCUUCAGGGUCGGGUGAAUGCUGCUGAUGUGGAUUUAAAUCGAGAUUUUCCACAACGGUUGAAUCCAACAAUGAUCCGAAAUAUUCAACCGGAAACUAGUGCGAUUAUAAAAUGGACGAAAUCAAUACCUUUCGUCUUGUCAGCAAGUCUGCAUGAUGGUUCUAUGGUGGUUAAUUUCCCUUAUGAUGACGGAAAGAUUGAAGGUCUCGAGGAAAAAACAGGUGAUCACGAACUCUUCGUGGUACUUUCUUACUUAUAUGCUCGAGCACAUAAGUACAUGUGGAAGAAGGGACCAAGAUGUUUAAAUCAUCAUGAUGACGGCAAUCUCAAUGAAGGAAUUACAAAUGGUAAUAAAUGGUAUCGCGUUUCAGGUGGUAUGCAAGACUGGAAUUAUGUAUUUUCGAACUGCUUCGAAUUAACAAUUGAAAUAAGUUGUACAAAGUAUUCAACUGACGAUCAAUUAAAGGAAAUAUGGAAUGAGCAUAAAUUUGCUUUAAUUUCCUUUAUUGAAAAGAUUCAUCAUACGAUUUCUGGAUUUGUGUUGGAUAAAAUAACUGGUGCCGGAAUACCGGAUGUUCAAAUUGCAAUCAACAGUUUUGGCAAGAUUAUAUUAAGUAGUACUGAUGGUGACUUUUGGCGUCUAGUAAUACCCGGUACUUAUAAUGUCAGCUUUCAGCAUUUCAAGUAUGAAACAGUUGUAAAAAUUGUUACUGUGAGUAAGGAAAAACGCUAUGAAUUCCUUAAUGUAACAAUGCUCCAAAAAAGGCAUGCUGGAAAUUUCACCGAAGAACUUGGAAGGACGAACAUUUUGUUCCAAAAUUUGACUUUGUUGAAAGUUGAUAAAAUAAUAGAAGCUUAG